AUGGGCUUCCUGGCUAGGGUUUCAAGGGUUUCGGUUUCCUUUGUGGAAGCCUGGAUUUGGUUCUCAUCUGCUUUCAUUGCGGUCGGUGCGAUUUCUUGGCUGCUCUUAAGUGGUGCUCUAGUGGGUGAUGGUGUGCCUUUGAGUGUCUAUAAAUGUGGCGGGGUUUUGGUGGGUUUGAAGCUACUGUAUUGUGACUUCCUUGCUUUUUCAGAACUCAAACUUCCCUAUUUUGGGGUCAAAGUGAGUGGGAAGUUUCAGUGUCUUGUCUCCAUUGUUAGUUUACUAUGUAAGCUUGCGUUAGCGGCUAAGGUUUCGUGUGUGGAGCUUCCUUUCAUGGGAUCUCGAUUCACUUGGAGAAAGAAAAAAGCUGGCCCGAAUAAUAUUUUAGAACGUAUUGAUAAAGGUGUAGCUAGCACUGUAUGGAUUAGUAAAUUCACUCAAGCUAGGCUGAAACAUCACCCUUUUACUUCUUCGGAUCAUUGUCAGGUGUCUUUAGAUUUAUCGAUUUCUAAGAGCUCGAAAGCCCCUCCAUUUCGCUUUGAGAAAAUGUGGUGUCAACGUAAGGAUUAUGACACGUUGGUUAAAAAGACAUGGUGUACCCGUUUUAACGGUUCACAUAUGUUCAAUCUUGUUAAAAAAUGCAAACUUCUUAAAGAAAACUCUAAGAAAUGGAAUCUUUCUCAGUUUGGUAACAUUUUUAGGCAACUUCGUUUAGUAAAUUCCAAAUUGGCAAACAUUCAGGAGAGGCUCAUUCCUAAUCCUUUAUGCUCUUCUCUUAUUCUGCAACAAGAACGUUUUCUUCAAAAACGUGAAAACUACUAUCUUUUAGUCGUGAAUAUAGUGUCAGUUGAGGAGAUCAAAGCUGCAACUUUUGAUCUUGCUCCUGACAAAUCCCCAGGCCCAGACGGCUUUCCACCGUUCUUUUUUCAGAAAUAUUGGACCCUUGUGGGCAAUUCGGUUGUAAGAGCGGUCAAAGCUUUUUUCCACUCGGGAAAUAUUUUGAAAGAGAUUAAUCACACUUUUCUUGCUCUAAUCCCGAAGAUUGACAACUCUUCUAAUGCAAAUCAUUUUCGUCCAAUUAGUUUGUGCUCUACCAUUUAUAAGAUAAUUUCAAAAGUUAUUUGCAAUCGCCUUAAAUCGGUUAUGGGGAAGAUUAUCCAUCCGCUUCAAGGUGCCUUUGUUCCUGAGCGCCUCAUUCAGGACAAUAUUUUAAUAGCGCAUGAGGUUUUUCAUUCUUUUAGUAAAAAAUCAGGUUCAGAGGGCUGGAUCGCAAUCAAGUUAGAUAUGGAAAAAGCAUAUGAUAGACUAGAAUGGGAUUAUAUUUUAGUCUCUCUUAGAAAGUUGGGUUUCUGUCCUCAAUGGAUUGCGUGGAUUAAAACCUGUAUUUCUACUCCGUCUUUCUCAAUUCUAGUUAAUGGCGUCCCAGGGGAUAGAUUUUUCCCUUCGAGAGGCAUCCGCCAAGGUGACCCUCUAUCCCCGUAUCUUUUUAUUCUUUGUGCUGAGUUACUUGCUAGACAACUCUCUUUUGCAAAUUUGCAAAAAGAUAAAUCUAUUGGAGUCUCUAUAGGUAAAUCCGGAGUGAGAAUCCCAUUUCUUACUUUUGCAGAUGAUACAAUGAUUUUGCCAAGGCAACAGAUCAUAGUUGCUCCACUAUUAAGGCCAUUUUGGAUAAAUAUUGUUCAAUGUCAGCCCGAUUCUCUUGUGUGGGGUCUGACAGCUGAUGGGGAGUAUUCAGUCAAGUCAGGGUCCAUUUUGGCUCAGGAAAGUGAUGGAGAAGUUCUUCUAGCUGGUGCUAAGUCUUUGGGGUCUCACGUUUCUAUUAUCCAAGCUGAGGCUUGGGCUCUUAGUGAAGGUAUUAAGGGAGCCUCUUUCCUUAAUAUCUCUCAGCUCAUUGUAGAAGGCGAUAAUUUAGGAGUCAUCAAUUCUAUGAAAAAUUCUUGGCGUAUUCCGUGGGAGAUUUCUAACAUUGUUAAAGAUGCAGGUAUGGAUGCUCUUCGGUUCCAAAUGUGCGAGUUUCGUCACUGCUUUCGUGAAGCUAACAAGGCUGCUGAUUUCAUGGCUAGGAAGGCGCAUGACUUCCCUUCCCUGUUGUAUUGGUUUCCUCCUUAUUGUAUGGAAUUUCUCCUUACAUCCGAAAGGAUGUUUUAG